GGCAAAGAGGUUAGGAAGCCGGCAUGGCGCUCUGGUCAAUAAAAUCGAUAGCUGGAAACAGCCUGUGUUCCAGGCAAAGGCGGUGCAGUAGCAGCGCCGCCAUUUUCCCCGAAGGCAUCUUCCGGUGCUUUUCACCCACAGCGAAAGGUUUCCGUUAGUCCCGCAGGCGACCAAUUCCGAUCACCUCCCGACCUCCCAGCCGAGCUCGUCCCCGGCCCGGCGAAAGCUCCUAAAUCCUGGAAUUCGCCAGCGCCAGGGGCCGAGACUGGGACGAGGAAGGCCGUGGCGCCGGCUUCUCCGGUCCAAUGGCGCCGCCUUCGGCCCCGCUCUCCGCGCGGGGACCUGGAGAAGCCGGGCGCGGCCGGAGGAGGGGAAGGAGGCCGAGGGCCGUACGGUUCGCAGACGUGGCCGUGUACUUCUCCCCCGAGGAGUGGGGGUGUCUGCGGCCCAUGCAGAGGGCCCUGUACCGGGACGUGAUGCGGGAGAACUACGGUCACCUGGGCGCGCUAGGUUGUGCAGGUCCUAAACCAGCCCUCAUCUCCUGGUUGGAACGAAACACCGAUGACUGGGAACCGGCAGCCCUGGAUCCGCAGGAGUGCCCGAGAGGGAUAACAGUCCAGAGAAAGACCAGAACCAGAAGGAAGAAUGAGGAGAAGGAAGUAUUCCCACCUAAGGAGGCACCCCGAAAGGGGAAGCGAGGUCGCCGGCCUAGCAAACCCCGACUAAUCCCCAGGCAGACAUCUGGGGGCCCUAUCUGCCCUGACUGUGGCUGUACCUUCCCUGAUCACUCAGCCCUGGAGAGCCACAAGUGUGCCCAGAAUCUGAAAAAGCCUUACCCUUGCCCGGACUGUGGGCGCCGCUUUUCCUACCCAUCCCUGCUGGUCAGUCACCGGCGGGCACACUCUGGCGAAUGCCCCUAUGUUUGUGACCAGUGUGGCAAACGUUUCUCCCAGCGCAAGAACCUCGCCCAACACCAGGUUAUCCACACAGGGGAGAAGCCCUACCACUGCCCUGACUGUGGCCGCUGCUUCCGCAGGAGCCGGUCCUUGGCCAAUCACCGGACCACCCACACAGGCGAGAAACCCCACCAGUGCUCUAGCUGUGGGCGUCGCUUUGCCUACCCCUCCCUGCUAGCCAUCCACCAGCGCACACACACAGGAGAGAAGCCCUAUACCUGCCUGGAAUGCAAUCGCCGCUUCCGCCAGCGCACUGCUCUAGUCAUCCAUCAGCGCAUCCACACAGGCGAGAAGCCCUACCCGUGUCCAGACUGUGAGCGGCGUUUCUCCUCAUCCUCCCGCCUGGUCAGUCACCGACGUGUGCACUCUGGGGAGCGUCCCUAUGCUUGCGAGCACUGUGAGGCCCGCUUCUCUCAGCGCAGUACGCUGCUGCAGCACCAGCUCUUGCACACAGGAGAGAAGCCCUACCCUUGCCCAGACUGUGGGCGUGCCUUCCGGCGGAGCGGCUCUCUAGCCAUACAUCGCGGCACACACACGGAGGAGAAGCUGCACGCCUGUGAUGUCUGUGGCCGCCGCUUUGCCUACCCCUCGCUACUGUCCAGUCACCAGCGCGUGCACUCAGGCGAGCGGCCCUAUGCCUGUGACCUCUGCUCCAAGCGCUUUGGGCAGUGGAGCCACCUGGCUCAGCACCAGCUUCUGCACACUGGGGAGAAGCCUUUCCCUUGCCUUCAGUGUGGCCGUUGCUUCCGCCAGAGGUGGUCUCUGGCCGUCCACAAGUGUAACUCCAGGGCCCAAAACUGUAGCCCUAGAUCUGCUAUAGAGGGGCCUAGCCAGAGAGGCAAUGCCCUUUAGAGUGGGAAGCACUGUAUGAGUUAAGGAUUCCAGCCCCUUUCAUGGAGGGGCCCAGAGAAGGGAAAGAGGAGCCCCAGUCAUACAGGGCAGAGUCAGAAUGAAAACCCAGGUUUCCUGCUACACAAGAACUCUUUAGUAUAUUCCACCUGCUGGCUGCCUUAUUGUGUGUGUCUGGAACAGACGGUCCCAUUGGGAGAGGUGAUACCAUUUGCUUAAAGUUUUCCAAGCUACCCCAUCCUAAAACACUGUGUAUGGAUAUCAGGGCUAGAAGUUCUCUCCAUCUAUUUUAGGGGCUGUCAGCUUUUCUAGUUUGUAGGUACAGUCAGGAGAAUCCCACUUACAGGGGGCAGGACCAUCGCCUACUCUGCUGCUUCCUCCAUGCCAGGCUUGAAAGAACUGGUUUAGUUCCCUUUUUACAACACUCCUGCCAAGUGGUCUUCUACCCCUUGCUUGAAAACUUCUCUUGACAGGGAGCUCACUACCUCACAAGGCAGGUCAUUUCAUUGUGGGAUAGCUUGGAUCUUUAGGAGGUUGUUGAGUACUACAUUCUCCUUCCCUGUAAGCCUUGCCCAGAAUAUGCUUAGUACUUCAUCUGCAUGCCUUCAGAUAACUGUUAAUCACAGCUACUUUGCCCCCACUAAUUUGGUCAGUCAUUUCUUAAAGACAGUUUCAAUUCCCACACAAUGUGUCUCCAAACAGGUGCUGGUUUUCCAGUGUUCCUUUUCAAAGGCUAUGUAGGAAUAAGCCAGUGCCACAUUGUACACUGUACCCCUCCUUGGUCUGUGCUUGUGUUAACAGCCUAGCUUGCACUGGACUUUGGGCAGCUGUUCCACACCCUGAGUUUAUGGGAUGCAGACAUCUAAAUGCCCUAAACUUUUUUUAAAUAUAUUAACCACGUGCUAUGAAGCUAAGUCUUCUGUACCCUGUGUUUUGAAAGUUGGUUCACAUCAAGUGUAGGACAUAAAAGCACAGUAACCUUUGGGAGACGGUUGAUUUCGAGGAAAAGCAGAGGAGUUAUGGCCUAGCAACAAGAAGUUAGGAUGGGACCUCCUUGUUGUACUUGAUCUUGUGGCCCUGGAUUAGUUCCAGGGAGCUGGGAAAUCCUUGAGAACUGGGUCUUACUCCUCCCUGAUUCUCAUCAGAAUAAGGAGAAUCAGCACAGAACCUUAUAUCAGGCCUCAGUCAACAUCAGUUUUCAUAAAAUAAGGUAAGGUCAUUCAAGGAGUAUAGGAAGGAAAGUGAAGUCUACAAAGCAGGAAGAGUGUGUUCAUGCUUGCCUCCCUCACAUAAGCUCUUGAGGGGUAGCAGUGUCUUACUGCUAUGCCUGGUGGCACAGUGGUUAAGCAUUUGGCUUCCAACCAAAAGGUCAGCAGUUCGAAUCCACCAGCCACUCCUUGGAAACCCUAUGGGGCAGUUCUACUCUCUCCUGUAGGGUCACUAUAAGUCGUAAUUGACUCGAAGGCAAUGGGUUUGGUUUUUUUUUAUGCCCCUAUGGCGCCCACCUCUAAGUAGGUGCUAAGUAAAGCUUUACUGAAUUUAAAUGCGAACAAGGCCUGCCAUUUUUGCCUUGGGCAACUGCACCAAAUUGAAGCUUCCAAACAUGACUUAUCCUCCAGCAGCUGGAGUGGGUCAGCCUCCUACCCCUGCUGCUGUUUCCUGAACUCUCUAGAUCUCACCCUGAGUAAGGAGCAGCUGGAGGGCACUUCACAUUUUGUAAUUACUUCUGGUAUUUAGCUCGGUUGCAUUGUAACUUUCUCCUUGGCUGAUGAGCUACCCCAGGGCAGGGGCCGUACCACAUUGGGUCUCAUUAAAGUCUCUGAUGAAUGAAUUAUGUUCCUUGUGGAAUUACUGUUGUUUACAAAAUGGAAGUCUAAUUUCUUGACUGAGUUGAAAGUUUUACUGUUCUGAUUGAGACCUGCCCUGCCAUAGCAGAGACCUAUUAGAAUGUUUGUUUUAGCUCCUUCCUCUACCCGUUAUCACCAGGCUGACCCAACUAUUUCCUUACUUGAGAAUUCUGUAACUUUCUUUGUGCCUGGAAUAUAACUCAUAAAACUUGGGAGCCAUUAUUGGUCAGGUUCUAGUAAGUGGUCUGAGGACAGCAGUGAUGAGAGAAACUUUCUAGGUUCCCGAAGACACCUCAGUCCCAGGGUCCAUUCGAUGACCUGCUGUGAUCCUGACCCUCUAUUAAGUUGGAGAUCCCAAUAUCCUUCCAGUAAAUUCCCCCUUUAGUUGAGUUUGUUACUUGCAACCAAAAGAAUUAACUAAUACAUAAUCCUAAUCUGAGUUAAUCUCUAAUCUGCCUUCAUACCUAUAUCUGAGCUGUGAAGAAAAAGAAAAA